AUGUAUACCACAACUACAGUCGCUUUCCGUAGACCCGGUCUUGGCCUUGGUGGUGGCAGACCAGCAAUAACCAUCUUGGUUCCCUGGACCCAGCAAUUCGGUCUUGCCUAUCAACAAUUUGUCAACAGUGGCUACGGAUCGUAUGGUGGUGGAUAUCCAGUUGGUGCACUUGGUGGACUUACUGGAUUAGGCAGUUAUGGCGCUGCUGUACCAGCAGUCGGAGGUUUCGGCACAGGUGUGCCAGUUGCUGGUGGUUAUGGCGCAGGUCUACCAGUUGCUGGCGGUUAUGGUCCACAAAUUCAAGGCUAUCCAAUUGGUUUCGGAGUAACAUCAUAUUAA